AUGGCCUCCCGUACCCUUGUCUCUGGUCUCCCCCGGUCCCUCCCUCCCCUUCCUUCGGGGCCUGCCCCUACCUGUGUUCCUUGUGUCGAGGGCCGGCAGCGCGCCGCUCCUCACUCCUCCGAGUUCCCUCCGACAGAGGCUCCCCUGCAGACUCUUCACAUGGACGUGUGGGGCCCUGCCCGCGUCCAUGUACGGGGUCACGAGCGUUACUUUCUGCUGGUCGUUGACGACUACUCGCAUUACACCACAGUCUUCCCCUUGCGCCGCAAGGAUGAGGUCACUGAGGUGUUGAUCGACUGGAUCCGCGGUACCCGUCGCCAGCUCAGUGAGAGUUUCGGCUCGGACCUUCCUGUUCUGCGUCUCCACUCAGACAGAGGUGGUGAGUUUUCCUCCGACCUUCUGAGGGCUUUCUGUCGUGCGGAGGGCAUCCGCCAGACGUUCACGCUUCCGGCCUCCCCACAGAAAAAUGGGAUUGCUGAGCGCCGCAUUGGCAUGGUCAUGGAUGUCGUUCAUACGUCUAUGAUCCAUGCGGCUGCUCCCCAUUUUCUGUGGCCGUUCGCGGUUCAGUACGUUGCGCAUCAGAUCAACCUUCAGCCUCGUGUCUCCUUGCCGGAGACCACACCUACUCUGCGGUGGACGGGGAAGGUUGGCGAUGCGUCUGUGUUCCGUGUCUGGGGAUCUCGAGCUUUUGUCCGCGAUGCUUCCGCGGACAAGCUGUCCUCCCGUGCUGACGUCACGUUUGACGAGUCGGUAUCUUACUACCGUCUCUUUCCCUACCGCACUGCCUCUAUCCCCCCCCCGCCACUCUUCCUAGCACCAGGUGCUCCUCCGGUAGACCCCCUCCCCCCUCAGGGUCCUACCCCCUCAGGUGUGUCUCAGGUAGACGCUGUAGAGCCUGUCGAGGUAGCUGUCGACUAA